AGUUUCCGCUACUCCUGUGACAUCUGCGGGAAGAAAUACAAGUACUACAGUUGCUUCCAGGAGCACCGUGACCUGCAUGCUGUUGACGGUAACUGACUAACUACCCUCUCUUCUCCUUUUACUCUCCAUUAUUGUGUUCCUACUAGGCCUUUUCUAUUCUUUGUCUGUUUUUAAUUGUAUUUGUAUUUUAUCAUUCAGCAGACGCUCUUAUCCAGAGCGACUUACAGGAGCAAUUAGGGUUAAGUGCCUUGCUCAAGGGCACAUUGACAGAUUUUUCACCUAGUUGGCUCAGGGAUUAGAACCAGCGACCUUUCGGUUACUGGCACAACGCUCUUAACCACUAAGCUACCUGCCGCCGAAUUCAAAUGGGAACUUGUUCUGUCUCAGUAGCAAUGUUGCCUUGACUUGCAGUUCCAUCGAAGUUUGUGGGUUUGUUUAGAAUACAUUCUUGGGAAGUUGAGGAUGCAAUGUCCUGGUAAAAGGAAGAUCUCAAAGUGCUUAGAACAGUAAACUAGGCAGUCACAUGGCAGAUAUUUGUAAGAGUAGUGUCCUUGUAGCCCUUAAGGCAGAGCUAUUUGAUUGAAACUUCACUUCCACGGCUACUGCUGCUCUAAAGAAAGUACCCUGUGUGAAUUAACUUGACCCCUUCCUCCAUAUUCCUCGGUCUUCCCCUCUCCCCAGACCCAUACGAGCAGGUGGUUCUAGGACCUGUGGAAGACCUCAAGGAGGAGGAGCCAGUGGAACCCUUUCAAAAAAUAGGACCAAGUAAGGCUGCACUGCAUGCUGGUCUGCUGUUGCUUGGAAGAUUAGGGUUUUGCUAUUGGGCACACCAUACUGUGUGAGAUAUAAACUGAACACCUUCCUAAUAUUGAGUUGCACCCCCUUUUGCCCUCAGAACAGCCUCAAUUCAUCAGGGUCAUGGACUACAAGGUGUCAAGUGUUCCACAGGGAUGCUGGCCCAUGUUGACUCUAAGUCCUUUGGGUGGUGGACCAUUCUUGAUACACACGGGAAACUGUUGAGUGUGAAAAACCAAGUAGCGUUGCAGUUCUUGACGCACUCAAACCAGUGCGCCUGGCACCUACUACCAUAACCCGUUCAAAGGCACUUAAGUAUUUUGUCUUGCCCUUUCACCCUCUGAAUGGCACACAGACACAAUCCAUGUCUCAAUUGUCUUGAGGCUUAAAACAAAACAUAAAGUCAAAAAUACAACAGAAAAUAUAUAUAUACAGUGUGUGCGAAUGUAGUAAGUUAUGGAGGUAAGGCAAUAAAUAGGCCAUAGUGCAAAAUAGUUACAAUUUCGUAUUAACACUGGAAUGAUAGAUGUGCAAAAGAUGAUGUGCAAAUAGAGAUACUGGGGUGCAAAUUAGCAAAAUAAAUAACAAUAUGGGGAUGAGGUAGUUGGGUGGGCUAAUUUCAGAAAGGCUGUGUACAGGUGCAGUGAUCGGUAAGCUGCUCUGACAACUGACACUUAAAGUUAGUGAGGGAGAUAAGUCUCCAGCUUCAGAGAUUUUUGCAGUUCGUUCCAGUCAUUGGCAGCAGAGAACUGGAAGGAAUGGCGGCCAAAGGAGGUGUUGGCUUUGGGGAUGACCAGUGAGAUAUACCUGCUGGAGCGCAGACUACGGGUGGGUGUUGCUAUGGUGACCAGUGAGCUAAGAUAAGACUGGGAUUUGCCUAGCAGUGAUUUAUAGAUGACCUGGAGCCAGUGGGUUUGGCGACAAAUAUGUAGUGAGGGCCAGCCAACAAGAGCGUACAGGUCACAAUGGUGGGUAGUAUAUGGGGCUUUGGUGACAAAACGGAUGGCACUGUGAUAGACUACAUCCAAUUUACUGAGUAGAGUGUUGGAGGCUAUUUUGUAAAUGACAUCGCCAAAGUCAAGGAUCGGUAGGAUAGUCAGUUUUACGAGGGCAUGUUUGGCAGCAUGAGUGAAGGAGGCUUUGUUGCGAAAUAGGAAGCCGAUUCUAGAUCUAACUUUUGAUUGGAGAUGCUUAAUGUGAGUCUGGAACGAGAGUUUACAGUCUAAUCAGACACCUACAGUGGGGAGAACAAGUAUUUGAUACACUGCCGAUUUUGCAGGUUUUCCUACUUACAAAGCAUGUAGAGGUCUGUAAUUUUUAUGAUAGGUACACUUCAACUGUGAGAGACGGAAUCUAAAACAAAAAUCCAGAAAAUCACAUUGUAUGAUUUAUAAGUAAUUACUUUGCAUUUUAUUGCAUGACAUAAAUAUUUGAUCACCUACCUACCAAUAAGAAUUCCAGGUCUCACAUACCUGUUAGUUUUUCUUCAAGUAGCCCUCCUGUUCUCCACUCAUUACCUUUAUUAACUGCACCUGUUUGAACUCGUUACCUGUAUAAAAGACACCUGUCCACACACUCAAUCAAACAGACUCCAACAUCUCCACAAUGGCCAAGACCAGAGAGCUGUGUAAGGACAUCAGGGAUAAAAUUGUAGACCUGCACAAGGCUGGGAUGGGUUACAGGACAAUAGGCAAGCAGCUUGGUGAGAAGGCAACAACUGUUGGCGCAAUUAUUAGAAAAUGGAAGAAGUUCAAGAUGACGGUCAAUCACCCUCGGUCUGGGGCUCCAUGCAAGAUCUCACCUCAUGGGGCAUCAAUGAUCAUGAGAAAGGUGAGGGAUCAGCCCAGAACUACACGGCAGGACCUGGUCAAUGACCUGAAGAGAGCUGGGACCACAGUCUCAAAGAAAACCAUUAGUAACACACUACGCCGUCAUGGAUUAAAAUCCUGCAGUGCACGCAAGGUCCCCCUGCUCAAGCCAGCGCAUGUCCAGGCCUGUCUGAAGUUUGCCAAUGACCAUCUGGAUGAACCAGAGAAGGAAUGGGAGAAGGUCAUGUGGUCUGAUGAGACAAAAAUAUAGCUUUUUGGUCUAAACUCCACUCGCCGUGUUUGGAGGAAGAAGAAGGAUGAGUACAACCCCAAGAACACCAUCCCAACCGUGAAGCAUGGAGGUGGAAACAUAAUUAUUUGGGGAUGCUUUUCUGCAAAGGGGACAGGACGACUGCACCGUAUUGAGGGGAGGAUGGAUGGGGCCAUGUAUCGCGAGAUCUUGGCCAACAACCUCCUUCCCUCAGUAAGAGCAUUGAAGAUGGGUCAUGGCUGGGUCUUCCAGCAUGACAACGACCCGAAACACACAGCCAGGGCAAAAUCAUAUUAAAAAUCAUACAAAGUGAUUUUCUGGAUUUUUGUUUUAGAUUCCGUCUCUCACAGUUGAAGUUGUACCUAUGAUAAAAAUUACAGACCUCUACAUGCUUUGUAAGUAGGAAAACCUGCAAAAUCGGCAGUGUAUCAAAUAAGUAUCUCCCCACUGUAGGUAUUUAUAGUUGUCCACAUACUCUAGGUCAGACCCGCCGAGAGUAGUGAUUCUAGUCGGGUGGGUGGGUGCAAGCAGCGUUCGGUUGAAGAGCAUGCAUUUAGUUUUACUAGUGUUUAAGAGCAGUUGCAGGCUACGGAAGGAGUGUUGUAUGGCGUUGAAGCUCGUUUGGAGGUUUGUUAACACAUUGUCCAAUGAAGGGCCAGAUGUAUACAAAAUGGUGUCGUCCGCAUAGAGGUGGAUCCGAGCGUCACCAGCAGCAAGAGCGACAUCAUUGAUAUACACAGAGAAUAGAGUCGGCCCGAGAAUUGAACCCUGUGUCACCCCCAUAGAGAUGGCCAGAGGUCCAGACAACAGGCCCUCCGAUUUAACACACAGAGUUCAAUCUGAGAAGUAGUUGGUGAACCAGGCGAGGCAGUCAUUAGAGAAACCAAGGCUAUUUAGUCUGCCAAUAAGAAUGCGAUGGUUGACAGAGUCGAAAGCCUUGGCAAGGUCAAUGAAGACGGCUGCGCAGUACUGUCUUUUAUCGAUCGCGUUUAUAAUAUCGUUUAGGACCUUGAGCGUGGCUGAGGUGCACCCAUGACCAGCUCGGAAACCGGAUUGCAUAGCGGAGAAGGUACUGUGGGAUUCGAAAUGGUUGGUGAUCUGUUUGUUAACUUGGCUUUCCAAUACUUUCGAAAGGCAGGGCAGGAUGGAUAUAGGUCUAUAACAGUUUGGAUCUAGAGUGUCACCCCCUUUGAAGAGGGGGUGACACUCAGUGAAUCUCAUCAAAGGGAUUGAUUAUGUAUCUGAAAUCCAUCCUCUUGCAGUGUGUUAUUAAGGCAAUGUUAUUAGUUUUAGCAUUUAGCGCUUUACCUCAUGCAUGCAAUGUAUUUGGGUCUGGGGAUAGGUAUUAGUACAUUAUAUCCCAUAAUGAGCGUAAUACAAUAUGAUUAGAUUUGGGGAAUAAUUCAGUCUCACAAUUUCCCCACAACUGAAAAUUAAGGAAACCAUUUCAGUGAACCACCAAGGAUGCUACUCAUGUUAUUCUUAUAUCAUUGCAGGAAGUCAUUUUUAUCGCAUGCAAGUAAUGUGAUAUUUUGGGUAACCUCUGUCAUUUUCUCCCACAGAAACUGGGAGCUAUGUGUGUGAGUUCUGUGGGAAGCAGUACAAGUACUUCAACCCAUACCAGGAGCAUGUGGCUCUUCACCAACCAACGAGUAAGUCAUCUCACAGGUCUACGGAAGGGACUAGUCAUCUGUUGUAGUCUAACCUAUCUCUAACCUCCCAAACUCACCUGUGUUAGAUCAUCAGUUCAGUUAAAGUAGGUAGAUAAGUUACCACUGUUAUUUAUAUGAUUGUACUGACAGAACUCUCUACCCACAGAUUGGUCCUUCGAUAAUAUGAAGUCGCCUCGGUCACGUGGAAGUGUGGGUGGAAACAUGGACGUCAGCAAAUACAGUGCCACUAAAUUAGAAACCGGUAUGGACAACUGAGCUGGGAUCUGUGCUUAAUCUACUCGCACACCAACUCAUUCACAAUCGCUGUGUGUGAAUGUAUAUAGAGUGACAACCAAAAAAGGUGUUCUAAACCCUUAAAGAUGUCAACUUUUAGAGCUUGAAAUGGACCUGAGAGUUUAUCAUACAGUGGGCAGGUUCAAUCAAACCCUAGCUGUCGUUAUGUACAGUGGCUUGCGAAAGUAUUCACCCCCUUGGCAUUUUUCCUAUUUUGUUGCCUUACAACCUGGAAUUAAAAUGGAUGUUCUGGGGGGUUGUAUCAUUUGAUUUACACAACAUGCCUACCACUUUGAAGAUGCAAAAUAUAUUUUUUGUGAAACAAACAAGAAAUAAGACAAAAACAGAACUUGAGCGUGCAUAACUAUUCACCCCCCCCAAAGACAAUACUUUGUAGAGCCACCUUUUGCAGCAAUUACAGCUGCAAGUCUCUUGGGGUAUGUCUCUAUAAGCUUGGCACAUCUAGCCACUGGGAUUUUUGCCCAUUCUUAAAGGCAAAACCGCUCCAGCUCGUUGGAUGGGGUUCUGCUGGUGUACAGCAAUCUUUAAGUCAUAGCACAGAUUCUCAAUUGGAUUGAGGUCUGGGCUUUGACUAGGCCAUUCCAAUACAUUUAAAUGUUCCCCUUAAACCAAUCGAGUGUUGCUUUUUAGCAGUAUGCUUAGGGCCAUUGUCCUGCUGGAAGGUGAACCUCCUUCCCGGUCUCAAAUCUCUGGAAGACAGAAACAGGUUUCCCACAAUAAUUUCCCUGUAUUUAGCGCCAUCCAUCAUUCCUUCAAUUCUGACCAGUUUCCCAGUCCCUGCCAAUGAAAAACAUCCCCACAGCAUGACGCUGCCACCACCAUGCGUUACUGUGGGGAUGGUGUUCUCGGGGUGAUGAGAGGUGUUGGGUUUGCGCCAGACAUAGCGUUUUCGUUGAUGGCCAAAAAGCUCAAUUUUAGUCUCAUCUGACCAGAGUACCUUCUUCCAUAUGUUUGGGGAGUCUCCCACAUGCCUUUUUGGCGAACACCAAACGUGUUUGCUUAUUUAUUUCUUUAAGCAAUUGCUUUUUUCUGGCCACUCUUCUGUGAUGCCCAGCUCUGUGGAGUGUACGGCUUAAAGUGGUCCUAUGGACAUAUACUCCAAUCUCCGCUGUGGAGUUUUGCAGCUCCUUCAGGGUUAUCUUUGGUCUCUUUGUUGCCUCUCUGAUGAAUGCCCUCCUUGCCUGGUCUGUGAGUUUUGGUGGGCGGCCCUCUCUUGGCAGGUUUGUUGUGGUGCAAUGUUCUUUAAACAUUUUUAAAUAAUGGAUUUAAUGGUGCUCCGUGGGAUGUUCAAAGUUUCAGAUAUUUUUUUAUAACCCAACCCUGAUCUGUACUUCUCCACAACUUUGUCCCUGACCUGUUUGGAGAGCUCCUUGGUCUUCAUGGUGCCGCUUGCUUGGUGGUGCCCCUUGCUUAGUGGUGUUGCAGACUCUGGGGCCUUUCAGAACCGGUGUAUAUAUACUGAGAUCAUGUGACACUUAGAUUGCACGCAGGUGGACUUUAUUUAACUAAUUAUGUGACUUCUGAAGGUAAUUGGUUGCACCAGAUCUUAUUUAGGGGCUUCAUAGCAAAGGGGGUGAAUACAUAUGCACGCACCACUUUUCCGUUAUUUAAGUAAUUUUUUUUCAUUUCAUUUCACCAAUUUGGACUAUUUUGUGUAUGUCCAUUACAUGUAAUGCAACAAAAUAGGAAAAACGCCAAGGGGGAUGAAUACUUUUGCAAGGCACAGUAACAUUUGAUAUCACUGUAAAGCAAGGCUACAAUCUCCUGCCGCAGAUCGUUUCUCUCAACUUUCUCUGCUGUGAUCUGAAGCCCCUCGCUCAUCUUAUCUGUCAUAUCUCUCACCUGAUCAGUUCCUCCACUGAGCAUUCUGUAUAUGCAGAGCUAUUUAAAGCAUGACACACUCCUCUAGUAUAGAAUAAUGGGUCAAAAGAGAUGGUGGACAGGAGUAGUAGGACCCAUAUUCAAAUGCUAUGGGUGAAUAUACCUUUUUUAUUGAAUCCGGUGACGAAAAAGCAAUGAAUCAUCCCAAGGUGACAUUCAAUAUGUAGUACCCAAUUCACUGGAUUAGAAUUGUAUGGGCUUUGGAAAGCAUCUAUUGUGUCAACAUCCACCAUUUAUUGUAUGAUAAAUUAUGUUUCCACCUGUUUUUCACCCAUGUCUUGUCAGAGGUCUACACUCAAAAAUAACUAUUUUUUUGUAUAUCUGGACUGUUUUUACACAUCAAGUAAGAAACCUUUUUGGAGCGUGCAAUGGUUUUUCUUUGGGUCUUGUCAGUUAAAACAUUUGUAUUUAUUCAUACUUUUAUUUAGUGUUUUACUUUACUUUUCUAUUAUUUCUCUAUUUUCUUUCUCUCUGCAUUGUUGGGAAGGGCCCGUAAGUAAGCAUUUCACUGUUAGUCUACACCGGUUGUUUACGAAGCAUGUGACUAAAACAAUUUGAUUUGUUAUAUUCCACAGACCGUCCCUUCAGUCGGAAAAUAGAGAGCAAAACCCAGUCCAGCCUGGUGGACACCAACAGUUCCCAGAACUCAAGCGGUGAGCACUGUGGCGCUUCUCAUUAGCUGUAUACUUGUGCAUUUUAUGAAUGUCUGCACCAUGCAGUGUAUUUUCAGUUGGGCAACUCAAUCAUUAGCUGUGAAUGUCAAUAAAUAGGGAGACAAUGUGUUCUUAGACCUGGGUAGAACAUGGAGAUAGAUGGAGAGUGAAUCAGGCAGGAGUGUGAGUGUUGGUGGCUUAGUAGUGUCCAAGCAUAUAACCACAUUCAAAUCAAGGCCAUUGUCUUAUUCUCUACCCCUCUUCCUGAACUAUACACUCGUUUGCUCCCCCUUGUGGAUUCAAAAAUAAUGGAUUGGUCUAGGAAAUAUAGUUGCCAAUGCCUAUAUCAAUCGAAGGCUUUUAAAUCCACAAGGAGAGCAAGUGCACACUCUGAAAGGGUAGGGAAUUGUAUCUGAAAACCGAUGCAGUGUGUCUGAGUCUGUGACGUCACUCACUCCCUCUCUCACUCAGGUACUCCAAGCCCCCUGGUGACCGGUUUGUUCCCUGCAUCACAGAGUGAGUCCACUUCUCUCUCUACCUGCCUGCCUGCAAACACAAACAAAUGGGGCCAUUUCACCCUCUCCAUUUUGUUUAUUUUGACCAUAAUGAGAAGCAGCUGCUGCCAGUGAUAUUUUCCUACUCACUUGUCAUUUCGCCUUGUUCAUUUGGGCUUGUCACACUUGCACCUCCAUUUAGGCAGUGUUUGUGACCCUGUAGUACUUGAUGUGAAGGGUUGAAAUUAGGCAGGUUAAUCCAUGGCGAAUGGAAGAGACUAGUUGUGGCAUUACUGUUUUUAAGUGUUGUCAUGGCAUGAGAUGAGGGACUAUUUGCUGACCCAUACUUUACCCAAGCUGGGCAUAAUGAUUAUGUGCCCUUCAACAAUAAGCUGUUACAGUUGACAAGCCAGAUGGGAAAAUGUCAUGAAAAACCUAUGCAACCAAAUAAAUUAGCCACAAAGUGCUUCACAACAAUCGGGGCCUAAUGCCGCUAAAACCCCAAAGACAAGGCGACACUCUUAAAUGUCAUACAUGGAUAAUAGAAGAAAAUGUUUCAUUAAGUAGGUUUAACAUGUCCCUGUGUUUUUAUAUGCAGUAAAAUUAAACUUGCCGGCAGUGACCUAGAUCUUGCUACACUCAGGGAAUAGACUGGACAGGUCCACAGUGGAUGUGCUCUUUCUUACGCUACGGGAACCCUUAUUCUGGGCCUUGUGUUUCUAGAACCCUACACAUGUGGCGCCUGUGGCAUCCCGUUCCAGUUCUACAACAACCUGCUGGAGCACAUGCAGUCCCAUGCUGGUGAGUUACCUGCACCUAGAGGGAGAUAUACCUGACUGGCUCUACUCAUGGAGUGUAGUCGUCAAAUGGCUGGGAGGCGAGAUUUCAGCUGAUCAAGUUGGUCUCAGUCCAAGUUUAAGUUGAAUUCUAAGCUUGUUAAUGGCUUGAUACCCUUAGGUUAGGAGAGAUGGAGAGGCAAUGUUUUCAUUCAACAUGUUUUCACAUUUAUUAUUUUAUAUAUAACAUUUAUUAUGCACUUUAUUUGUGUUAUGACCAUUGUCACCCAUGUAGUUUUGUGUACCUACUCUUUUGGUUGAUUAUUGGUUGUUUACUAACCCCAUCUAACUGUUAGCCUCUAGCUAACCCUCAGCUUUUGGCUUUUAGCAAACCCUCUGGAAGUAUAAGCUUCUUUGCUAACCUUUUGCUGUACUGAACAAAAAUAUAAACGCAACAUACAACAAUUUCUAUGAUUUACUGAUUUACAGUUCAUAUAAGGAAAUCUGUCGAUUUUAAAUAAAUAAAUUAGGCCCUAAUCUAUGGAUUUCACAUGACUGGGCAGGGGUACAGCCAUGGGUGGGACUUGGAGGGCAUAGGCCCACCCACUUGGCAGCCAGGCCCACCCACUGGGAAGCCAGGCCCAGCCAGUCCGAAUGAGUUUUUCCCCACAAAAGGGAUUUAUUACAGACAGAAAUACUCCUCAGAACCACCCCCUCAGACAAUCCCGCAUGUGAAGAAGCCAGAUGUGGAGGUCCUGGGCUGGCAUGGUUACACGGCGUCUGCGGUUGUGAGGACGGUUGGACGUACUGCCAAAUUCUAUGAAAUUAUGUUGGAGGUAGCUUAUGGUAGAAAAAUUAACAUUAAAUUCUCUGGCAACAGCUCUGUUUGACAUUCCUGCAGUCAGCAUGCCAAUUGCACGCUCUCUUGAAACUUGACAUCUGUGGCAUUGUGUUGUGUGACAAAACUGCUCAUUUUAAAGUGGCCUUUUAUUGUCCUCAGCACAUGGUGCAGCUGUGUAAUUAUCAUGCUGUUUAAUCUUGAUAUGCCACACCUGUCAGGUGGAUGGAUUAUCUUGGCAAAGUUGUAGCUGUUAGAUAACCCUAGCUUAACAGUUAACCAACCCUCUAUCUCUCUGUUUCCCCCCAGCGGAUAAUGAAAAGCAUACCAAAGGGGAAUCUCCAAAGACAUCACCGGGCCCAGCCUCACAGGACCAGCUAUGGAGGUCCCCCCAGCCCCAGCAUCAGGCCCAAGCUCAAAUAGUUCAAGUCCAGAUACAGGCUCAAUCCCAGCCUGCACAGAGAAACCACUCCAUCAACCGUGAGUAGGCUACGACUCAUUCAAUAUCACUGUCAUAGUCAUGCUGCCUAUGAAUAAACGAUUAGUUACCGGAGUGUAACUCCAGUUCUAUGAGUGGAGCUCCGCCCCAUAGGGGAGCUCUGCUCCUAUUGGUUUACCCACUGCCCUAAGGCAGCAUCAGCCUGAGACAAAAUUAUGCACACACCUGCAGCCAAUAGGAGUACAGGUGUGCCUAUAAGAGGGGAUGCCUCCCCUCAAUCAGCCUCCCGAUAUAUUUAUCUUCAGCGAGACUAGAGAGGGUCGGCAGGGCCUUAAGUCCUAUGGGGCUCCGCUCCACUCAUAGAACUGGAGUUACACUCCGGUAACUAAUCGUUCUAUAUCGUGGAGCUCCGCCCCAUAGGGGAGCUCUGCUCCUAUUGGUUUAAGGCGGAGCGUAGCGCUCCAAAAUGUACUCCCUGCCGAGCCCAACACUUCCCAUCAAAAUGAAAAGGUCAGGCCUAGCAAUGGCUGCAACCAAUUCCCGCAGUACUGUAACCACUGUCACCCUACAAGUGUCACAAUAUACUGCGUCAUCGGUUAAAAACCCGCCCCACCUAGUCCAAUGGCAACACCAAUGACUAGUGGGCAGAUCACCAGAAUACAGGCCAUACUAAUCUUUACUAGCAGAUAGAUGGUACCUCAAUAUCCUGUUACAAUACUACCGACCACUAAUGGAAUGAGACAAAGUGUCACUCUACAUUGUGUACACGGUAGGCCGCCUCACUCAAUCAAUGGAACCCCAGAGAUUAUUGGGCAGAUCCCAGAACAUGAUUCAUACUAAUCUGAACAAGCAGAUAGAUGACGUCACAUUCCGUCAAAUUGUCAUGACCGGUCUAAUAGUAUCGUAACCCAGGUUACUACUAUUAUCCCUCAUCACUCCGCCUCACUCCAGUGAAUCACUGGUGGGCAGAUCAAUACAUGCCCUCUACUGUACUGAACCUGUCAGUCAGGAGUCAUGCCACAAAUAUGUCCUUCUAUCAGAAGCGGACCUGAUAGACCCUGUCUCCACAGUCCUGCAUUCCUAUCCUCCUAGCUCAAAGUCUCCCUUCAGCCAUGCUGAGUACAGACUGAGCCAAAGAGUUAGAAGACAUAUCCAAGAGAGAGAAACUGAUAAAUGGAGACGGUGUUGACCAUGACGCCGCUCUAUAUAUAUCCUCUACCCCUGUUCCUCUGAAAAGGGCAGUAGAAGCUGCUACUCCACGAGUGGAGUGAGCUCUGAUACCCUGAGGCAAUUGUCGCCCCGCUGCCUCAUAAGCUGUCUCAAUGCCCUCACAGAGCCAAUAAGACAGAUGCUGUUUCGAAAGUGGUCUACCUAGUGCAGCAGCACCAUGACACACAAACAGCUGAGGCUAUGACCUAAUCGCUGCUGUGCGCUCAAAGUAACACGCCAAGGCGCGUACUGGGCACAGGCGAUGGAGCCUUUCCUCACUCCUCUCUCUAUGAGGAGGAGGAGAAAAAGCCCACAGCUCCACGGUCUGUGAUCUAUAUGAACUCCUAAUAACCUUCGGCACAAAUGCCGGGUUAGGACGUAACACCGCUCUGCUCAGAUCGCCAUUAAUGGCCAGGCAGUCGGGUCUCGUCGAAAGAGCACACAAAUCAAUAACACGCUUAGCCGUAGUCAAAGCGAUCAACAGCACUGUCUUCUUGAGGGGUAUUUGAUUCAAUGGCUCAAAUGGCGACUUACAUAGCGCUUCGAGUACCAAAGCCAAAUCCCACUGAGGAAGCGUGGCUCUAGGUGUUGGCCUAAGCCGCCGCUUUCCUAAUGGGAAACGUUUCACUAGAGGGUGGCUAAAGACAUUGUCUCUGCCAAACCCCUCGUGACAAGCUGAAAUCGCCGCUGCAAACACCUUAAUGGUGGCGGGCGAUCGCUGCUUGUCAAACAUAAGCUGUAGGAAAGAGAGAAUACUCUCAACCUGACAGCUCAUGGGGUCUACACCUUGUGUGACACACCAUUGUGAAAACACGUUCAAUCUACUGGCAUACAUCUUAGAAGUGGAACUGGCACGAUCCUGAUCCUGAUCACCGCAUCAGAUAACCCACAGCGCUCUAGCCUGUCCCUCUCAGCAGCCAGGCCUUCAGUGGUUGGCCGAUUAUGGGCAACUGCACUAUCGUGCCCCCCGCCUGAGACAACGCGUCCCGUCGAUGUGGAUUUGGCCAAGGUGGCGCAAUCAACAUCUGACUCAUCUCCGCAAACCAAGGAGCCCCUGGGCGAUCGGGGGCUACCAGUAUCACUGACAGCCCUCCUGACCUCACCCUGGCUAACAGUGGGAGAAUGCAGGACAGCGGAGGGAAUGCAUACAGAAGAACUCUCGGCCACGGGUGGUGCGCAAAGGCGUCUCUUCCUAGUGGCGGUUCUUCCUGUUCCCUUAGAGAGAACCAUAGGGGACAUUGCGCGUUCACACGUGACGCGAAUAGAUCCACCUCGGCUCUCCCGAACUGUUCCCAAAUUUGGAGAACAAUGUCCGGAUGCAGACACCACUCGUCGUCUCGAGGACCCCCUCUUGACAUGAGGUCUGCUCCUAGGUUCAAGUAGCCCGGAAUGUGUGCUGCUCUCAAUGAGCGAAGGUGCUCGUGAGCCCACAGCCACAAUUCCUCUGCCGCCCGAUGGAGAGCAGGAGACCUGACUCCUCCCUGGCGAUUUAUGUGGGCUACUGUGGAUUGGUUGUCUGACCAGACCAGCACAUCGCGACCCCGAAGGGUAGACGCGAAGUGGGUCAAAACCAGUCGAACCAUUUCCAACUCCAAGAGGUUGAUGUGGCGACUCGAAGGAGGCCACACACCUCCUAUCGCUUGGGUCUGACAUGUCCCUCCCCAUCCCGAUAGGCAAAGUGUGCUCUUACAUCCCAACACUGGGAUGUAAGAGGACACUUUGCCUAUCGGGACUCCGUGCGUGAGAACGCGCGGGUUUCUCCAAUAGUUCAGAUCUGCACUGAGCGUGAGGGGAACCACCACCAACCGAUGACGUUGACGCAAUGGGUCUAAUCUUAGUUGGGCGAACAAUCGCUGCAUCCUGCGCAUGUGCAGGAGUCCCAGCGGAACCACAGAGUGGGCUGACGACAUGAGACCCAAGAGUGACAUGAUCGACAGCGCCGUCACCGUGUGAUUCGGACGACACUUCCUCAGGGCUAGCAACAACGCUACCCUUCGGGGGUCCGAAAUUUGAGCCCUCAUCGUUACAGUGUCUAGCUGUAUCCCCAGGUACACAAUCUGAUGACUGGGCCAGGGCGCGCUCUUUUUCCAAUUCACAGCGAACCCCAGACGUGUGAGAUGAAUCACUGUCUGUGUUGUGUGAGUGAUCGCCAGCUCUGCUGACGGGGCGAGAACCAGUAGGUCGUCUAGGUAGGCUAGUAGCCAUAUUCCCUGAUGACUCAACGGUUCCAUUGCCGCCUCCACACACUUGGAAAACGUGUGAGGUGCCAGGGCGUACCCGAAUGGCAUCCUUGUGUAUUCGUACGCCACCCCUUGAAAGGCGAAUCGCAGAAACUUCCUGUGUUUCUGCUGUACCGGCACAUGAAAGUACGCGUCCUUUAGGUCUAUGCUCGUACAAAAGUCUCCUUUCUGGACAUAUUCGAGCAGAUGUUUUGUCGUUAGCAUUCGAAAGGGCCGUUUGGUUACGCUCUCGUUGAGAAUGCGUAAAUCCAAUAUUGGCCUCAUUCCCCCCGUCUUUUUUGGCACUAGGAAGUAGGGCGAAUAUAGCCCCUUGUUCCUUUGCUCCUGGGGAACCACUGUGACCGCCUCCUUCGCCAAAAGUUCCGUAAUCUCUGAAACCAGAGCGGCCACUUUUUCGGGCGUUUUCAUCACCGUCUCCACCACUCCCCUGAAUGGGGGUGGGGUCCGAUGGAAUUGGAGAGCAUAACCCUUCUGCAGCGUCUGUUCUAGCCAGCGUGAGAGGGUGCAGCUUCGCUGCCACUGCCAGCAAUACAGAGAAAGCGGCCGAGCGCGAAGCUGUGGUACAUUCAGUAGGAAGGACCUGUAUUCCUCUAUGGCCCUUGCCGCCGCUGUUCCCCAACACUGAGGUGGUGGAACAGCCCAAGGUGGGCCUCCCAUGAAAGGGAGAGGAAGCAUUAGUGCGUUCUGAACCAGAAGGAGGGGCAGAGACGUCAGUUAAACCCGUAACCGUCGUAUUCCUGCCCUCCGUGAAUGCAGCGCGGGUCUGAAUUGCACUGACCGAGGCCACAGCCUGCGACAGGGCACCAUCCCCAGCAAGCGAUUGCGUCAUCGUAGGUGAUAGAGUCGCUAUUAGAGUCCCUCACUACAAUACUCCUAGGAGUCUGUAAUAUGAGGGCUCUAUGAGGUAACACAAGGCGGCGCCUUGAUACCUUCUUAACCUUCACCUUCUGUGUGUGUUCAACUCUGCACCUCUGGUGGGUUGAGUCACGCUCAGUGUGGUGAGUAUUAGCGCGUUCUGUGACAGGUGCGGCGCCGAUACGUUGGUUAUUCCUGUAACCUUAGUUAUCCGGCCCUCCGUGAACGCAGCAUGGGUCUGAAUCGCACUAACCGAGACCUUAGUCUGCGAUAGUGCGCCAUCCCCAAAUAGCGGCUGCGUCAUCAUGUCUCCUGACUGAGACUGCAGCCUGCUAUGAGAGGCACUCACUACAGUACUCCUUGGAGUCUGUAAUGUGAGGUCUCUUUGAGAUAAACCAAGACGGCGUCUUGGUAUCUUUCCUCCUUUCACCUCCUGUGUGCGUUCAGCUCUGCACCUCUGGUGGGCUGAACUACACUCAUUGUGGUGAACAUUGGCGCGUUCAGAAAGAAGUGAGGGCGCCGAUACACUGGGCACCUUCGUGACCGUGGUAAUCGGGCCCUCCGUGAACGCAUCAUGGGUCUGAAUCGCACUAAUGGAGACCUUAGUCUGUGAUAGUGCGCCAUCCCCAAAUAGCGACUGCGUCAUCAUGUCAGAGUCUGACAGAGACUGCCGUCUGCUAUGUGAAGCACUUCUUAUACCUGAAGUGUUAUGUGAACCUACUCUGAAUGCCUGUUCAGCAGCGCACCCUUGGUGGGCUGAACGGCGCUUAGAGUGGUAGGGGAGAGAGGGUGAGAUUUGAACGCUCUCGGACGUAUUAUGGAAAAGGGGUUCUUUUUUGACAAAGUCAGGUGGAGCCAACUCUUUAUUCAACACAUCAACAAAAGCAUUUACAUCAUCACCCAUCCCUUCACCGAGGUGGCCAUGGACCUCCCCGAGCAGACGGCCGAUGCCUGUGUUAGGUGUAGGAUGGCGCCAGAAAUUCUAGACGCCUCCUCCACCUCCUCUGGCUCCAGCGCUGUCUUACCCGUGGUUAAAUGGGACAGAGCGGCUGCCAAGAGGGCAAUGUUGUUAGCUGCUGCUACAGCUUGGGCUCCCAAAUUGAAGGACUUCUCUAACAGCUGUGCUGUGAGACGGUCCUUCUGAGAUGGCAAUGUGGCCUUCCUGGAAGAGGGCCAGGGACUCAAACCCAGUACGAGAUACGCCGCCAUGGUGCUCUCUAACCUGGGGAUUCCCUUAGCUUGGCCCUGGAACCUUCCCUCCACUCUAGUGAAUGAGAGGUAUGUUUUAGCCGGCGAACGCGCCGCUAAAGGUGCCUCCCAUGAGCCCUCAACGUAUUUUGCCAAUGAAGGCAUGGCAGGAGCUAGUGGCUCUGCCGCUCUUCUUGGCCUGGAAUAAGGGCCGCCCUCCAUUAAGUCAACCUCCGGUGCGGAGGGAAUAGGGGGCAGCGGUAUUUCCAGCCGUCUAGCAGCUCUCUCAAUGAGACCCGGAAAGUCCGUUAUCAGAGACGCUGCGGUGAAGGACAGGGCUUCUGAUUUCUCAGGGCCCGUGUCGUCAUCACCAUAGGAACUACAAGCCCUCUCGCUAACCAAAGGAAAGGGGGGCUUGAAUGUAUGAGGGACGGGGUCUGACUGUUCCAUAGGAAUGUCAGCCUCCUCAUAGUCCCCAUCAUCCCCUGAGUCUGCGCCGUCAGAUGACGCCUCUGAAGCAGAGGCUAGUAUCGACAACAUGUCCUCUAGGGGGAUAUCCUCCCUAAAAAACGCCCAACGCUGCUUCCUCUCCUUUGUAGAAAGGAGGGCGCAGGAGGCGCAGUUAGGGGAACUGCAGACGCCCUCUUUGGCAUGCUGGGACCCUAGACACAUGAAACAUAAGUCGUGGGAGUCGCCGGCCGCCAUGGAGGAGCAUCUGCAUUGAGCUCUGAAAAGAGCUUUUGGGGGUGGAAAAUCUCCUGGUGUGCUCAUUUUAGGACGACGUCGAAGACUGGAAAUUCGACGGCGUUCUCGUCCUGAGUCUUCUCUUCUUCUCUUCGUCUCUUCUUGGCUUCUUCAGUCUAGUCCAGUCUCUGAAGAUAAAGGGAGGCUGAUUGAGGGGAGGCAUCCCCUCUUAUAGGGACACCUGUACUCCUAUUGGCUGUAGGUGUGUGCAUAGUUUUGUCUCAGGCUGAUGCUGCCUUAGGGCAGUGGGUAAACCAAUAGGAGCAGAGCUCCCCUAUGGGGCGGAGCUCCACGAUAUAGAACAGGGUUUCCACCCACUCUUGAAAAUGUUCUUUGAUGACGUAAUUUCACUUCUUAUGUUAUAAAAUAAAUUUUACCAAGACAAAUAUGAUUCUUCAUGUUCUGAAUUGUUCAGUGGGUUCUUUCUCUAACAUAUAAACAUUAUAUCCAAAAAGUCUCAUUUCGUAACCUAAUAGAUCCGAUAAUAAGCACCAAGCUCUGUUGACAGAGCGGUGCCAGUUUCUUGCAGCAACUGUCUAGGAUUUUACAUGUUGUGGUGGUCGUCUGCAAAGUUGUUUCUGCAGGUCGCAAAAAGCAAAAUUAGCAUUACACAAUCCGAACUAAAUGUAAAAGGCUUUGCAAAUAAAAAGCUUGCAGUACGCUCAGUGCUCUGUUGACAUUUCAGAGAUACGCUUUUUUCUGUGAGAAAUCUUCUAAAAAGAACAGGAAUUUAAUAUGAAUAGGAAAAGGGUUUAUUAAAAUAUGAAAAUACAUGUCGUCUCAAAAUCAAUAUCCAUCUUACCUCUAUAUUGUUUUAUGUCCUCCGGAUCCCAGAAGAAAGAUGACGUGUUCAAUGGUGAGCCUGUCAGGUAGCCUUAACUCUCUCACAGCAUCCAGCCUAGCUGACGCAAUGCCAUUUUCCUGAUUUGAUUACCACUUUUUUUUCUCUGGCCUCCAUUGAUUUAGUCACCUUCAUUUUGGCCAUCCUACAUGGGUAAAAUCUCCAAUAACUUUUGAACGGAUUAUGAUGGAGACAUAAUUUUUAUUACAUUAUUAUUUUACCCACUGGUCAAAAUAUGCAUUUUUGAUUGGACACCCUAAUAAACACACUUAGGCCACACUGCCUAUGAAUACACACUUUAUCUCUCCCGCUUAAACUCUUUCUCCUAUCUCUACCUCUCUUUCCCAUAGUUUUCCUCAGUUUUCUCUUUCUCCCAUCUCCUCUCCCUCUCUCCUCCUCACUCUCACUGUAUCUCUCCCAUUCCUCUCUCUAUCCACAGAGAACAGUGGUGGGUUACCGGAGAAGGAAAGGCAACAGGUGGCUGAGCGUCUCUUGAGGGUGAUGUGUACAGACCUGGGCGUGCUCAACAUGCUCAACAGCAAGGACUUCCUAAAGCUGGCCCAGACUCUGGUGGACACGGGCGCCCGCCACGGUGCCUACUCCACCCGCGACGCCCUGGGCAACAUGAGCUCUCUGGCCCUACUCCAGCUUCCCCGCAUGUACAACCAGGUCAAGGUCAAGGUGACUUGCGCCCUAGGCUCCAACUCCUCACUGGGCAUUGCCGUCACCUGCCAUUCCCAGACAGUGGGACCUGAUGCCUGCCUAGUGCUGACAGCCUACCAGGUGGAGGGGUCCAGGCUCAAGCGCUACGUUCUAGGCGUCAAGGAGGCAGACCUGAGGGAGGGGCCCGAGCAGGUGCACCAGUGGACACAGAACGUGCUGUCGGAGUUCGUCAUGUCGGACAUUCGCACAGUGUACGUGACUGAGCCGCGGGUAGGGGUGGGGGGCUUGCCGCUGGGUGGAGGUGGGCGGAGGAGGGUGUGCCUGCGGUGCGCCGGGUGCUCGUUGGGUGCUGUGGUGCAAGCGGUGCUGGGGAAACACAGCUUGCAGGCAAGGGGGCUCCACGAGCUGUCUGAGCUGCUGGCCGCCUGCCGCGACAUUGCCUCCACCAGCCUCUUGUCUACCAGCGGCGCCACGGACGAGGGCACGUCUAACCCCUCCACUCCCCCUGGGCUCAGCCCCACUCCUCCCUGCUGGGACCGCACAGCUGAGGCCCUGCUUCAGGUGCACUCCCACUUUGAGCAGAUCUGCGAGGCGUAUGGGAGGAGCAAGGCCACGGCUUCCACACUGCAUGGCCUCAACAAGCACCUUCUGGGGACGCUGACCUGCCUGCUGGCCCCUUUGCGCCUGGCCGCCUUGGAACUCAGCAGCCAGAGGAGGCCCACCCUGCAGCAGGUGCUACCUGUCUACCUGCGCCUGGAGAAACUGUUCACCUCCAAGGCUGGGGAGGUGGGGACCUCCAGCAAGCUCUGCCAUUACUUCCUGGAAGCUCUCAAGGAGAACUUCAAGGUGGAGAAAGCCCACCAGGUAGCCAUGGUCCUGGACCCCCAGCUGAAGCUGCGUCCCGUCCCAGCCUACCAGCAAGAGGAGAUCAUCGCCCACGCCUGCGAGAUGGCCACAGACGCCCGCGACGGCGGGGGGUCCGGAGGUGAGGACAUGGAUGGACCCUCAACACUCAAACGGCUCCGCGUGGAUGUCCCCAGGGGCGGGGUGGACGCCAGAGGGGUAGUAGCCGUGUCGUCGUGUGAGGCGUCGUCAGAUGAAAGCCAGACCCAGGUGAGACAGGAGGUGUUCCAGUAUCUGGCUGAACCGCUCCUCCAGGGUACCAACCCAGACCUCUUCCACUACUGGAGCACCACGGUGGGCGACCGCUACCCCAGACUGGCACACCUGGCACUGUGGCUGCUGGCCGUGCCCGCUGUGGGCGUCCGCAGCGAGUGUGUGAGCAUUUGCGAACAGAGCCUGGCCAUUAAGAGGAGGCAGCAGGUCACCACCGAGGAGAUGAACAAACUCAUCUUCCUGCGCUCCAACAUGGCC